ACUCUGUCAAAUGAGAUGCAAAGUUACUUCCUCAGACAGACAGAAGCUGCCGAUCGGCUUCACUUCAACCCUCCCGCGCUGUUUGAGCGACGCCAUUCUGUGGAAAUCAGCUCAAACUCCGGCAGCUUAUCUCUGGGCGCAUAUCUGAUGAUAGAGGCCGGCCUGUUUCAGCAGCCCGAUAAGAAGCUGUGGAUGAAGUCGCUCCAAGUAUCUGCAGCCUCAGUGAGUCCGGUUUAACAGGAAACCAGAGCCAGCCCGCCGCUGAAACACAACUGCAACCUGCAGCACUGAGCAUGCAGUUUUAACCCAUGAUGUUCUGCAGCUGUUUGUGAGUUGAGAUGAUGGAUACGCCAUCGUCCACCAUCAGGCGGCGAGCCUGGAUCAACAGCAGCCGACAGUGGCCAACUGUAGAGGAUCCAGAGGGUCCGCUGUCAAACGUUGCAGCCUCAGCCUCCAUAGCAGAUGAUGAUGACGUCUUUUCUGAUGCUGGCUUCACUGGAAAGAUUGAGAACUGGCUGCUUGGUUGUGGAUCUGAUGUCAGCUUGGCGAACAAAGGCCAGCUAAGUUUUGAGUCUGCACUUCAAGCUAACACCUGUUCUGACGAUCUAAGUCUUGGAGCUGAUGCCUCUGUUUUAAACUUUGGGGAAACUCCAAACACCUGUGGGUAA